AUGUUGCCAGUGUCCUCCUAUAACCGUAACCCAACCGGCAAAAACCAACACAAGCUAGAUCCUAUAUGGGAGCAAAAAUUGCACUGGGCACUUCGGCUGCUUCAUUCGGAGAAGAAAACCAGCAACCAGGUUAUGAAGGAGCGGCUCGCCAUUCAGUUCGACAUUCAUACAAGCGAGUCAACAAUCAAGCGCCGGCGAAAUCUGUGGGAGCUAACUGGUGGUGAGGUUACUGAGCGCAAGCUGUCACCACAGCAGGUUGAGCAGCUUGUGGUGGAUGAGCUGAACAAGGAUCCGAGUGAUAUGGCUGGCGUGAACACAAUUUGGCACCGAAUUGCCUUCAAUGCACAUGUCAUUCUGAAACGAGACACAGUUGACCAUUGGAUGCACAUCCACCGCCCAGAAGGCUUCCUCAAGCGUGAUCCAACUGCAAAGAAGAUCUCACGUCAGCCAAAGCCAAUGAUGUUAGGGCCUGAUGAGCGCUGGUCUGGAGAUGGCCACGACAAGGUGAACAAAUAUGGGUUUGGCAUCUGGAUGAUGGUCGAUGAAGCAACCUUGUUUAUCCUUGGAGCUUAUCUGGUUCCCAAUAACCGGCUGGGGAACGUCAUUGCUUGGAUCUUUCUGGACCUUGUUCAGAGAUACAAAGGCGUUCCCAAGCAAACUGCAACCGAUUGUGGUUCCAAGACCACAAUGCUCUACGGAAUUGUCAAUGCUAUUCGUGAGACCAUGCUGCCUGAACUUGCAGGCAGGGCACACAACUACCUUCGCAGUGUGCAUAACAUCACUGUUGAACGUAGCUGGCUUACCAUGAGGAAGGAUUGGGGCCAUAAUGUGGCAGAGAUCUUCUCAAGUGCAAUUGAUGAAAGGGUUUAUGAUGCAGGUGAUACGGACCAGUUUGAACUUGCACAAUGGCUCUGGUCCAACAUCUUGCAACGAGAACUCAACGACUGGGCCCGCCUCCGCAAUGGCAUCAAAGUGCGCUACCAGAAGGACAAGCUAGGUCCUUCUGGAAUGUCGAGGAUUGAUGCAUACAUGAUGCCGGAAACCUGGAAGGCUGUCAAGUGUCUCCAGGCUGUUAACUUGGACGUUAUUGCUCAGGUGAAAGCUGCACUCAACGCCGAAGAGCAGCUUGCAUUUGCCACAACCGAGUUCGCAGAUCGUGCUCAGUAUGCACUUCAGAUGAUCACAAGUCUGCCAGUCACUUCUCAGAAUGGUUGGGCCAUCUUCGAUGAACUCUUCGUCAUGCUCUUUCCAACUCGCGAGCUUCCUUCUGAGAUUGCUAAUAGAGACAAUGAGUACUAUUAG